AUGGCCAAGAUCAAGACCAUCGAAUACUUCCGGGUCUUGCCCCGGUGGCUCUUUGUGAAGAUUGUCGACGAAGAUGGUAACUAUGGCUGGGGUGAGAGCACAUUGGAGGGCCAUACUGAGGCAGUCGAGGGGACACUCAAUGCUCUCAUCAAGCGAUUCCAAGGCUACGAAGCUGACGACAUCGAGCAUAUCUGGCAGAUGGCCUGGCGUCUCGGGUUCUACCGUGGUGGCCCCGUUUUCAUGUCCGCUAUUUCCGGUAUCGACAUCGCCCUCUGGGAUCUCAAGGGCCGCCGCCUUGGCGUCCCUAUCCACCAACUCAUCGGUGGAAAAGUCCGCCACAAGCUCUCCGUCUAUGCUUGGAUUGGCGGCGACCGCCCCUCCGACGUUGAAGCUGCAGGAAAGGCCCGCCUCGAGCAAGGAUUCAAAGCCGUCAAGAUGAACGCCACAGAGGACAUAAACUGGCUGGAUUCUCCCAGCGCACUAGAUUCUAGUGUCGAGCGUCUUAAGGCUGUGAAGGCCUUGGGCCUCGAUGCGGCCCUGGACUUCCACGGCCGUCUCCACAAGCCCAUGGCGAAGCAACUAGCCAAAGCCCUAGAACCACACCGCCCACUUUUCCUCGAGGAGCCUUUGCUCUCAGAACACCCAGAGGGCAUCAAGCAACUCUCCAACCUGGUCUCCUGCCCCAUCGCCCUGGGCGAGCGCCUCUUCAGCCGGUGGGAUGUGAAGCGUUUCCUAGAAGAUGCGAGCGUGGAUAUUCUCCAACCCGAUAUCAGCCACUGCGGUGGAAUCUCUGAGCUGCGUCGGAUUGCCUCCAUGGCUGAAACAUAUGACGUGGCCAUUGCGCCGCAUUGCCCCCUCGGCCCGAUUGCGCUCGCGGCUUGUAUGCAGGUGGAUCUUGCGACUCCGAAUUUUGUGAUCCAGGAGAUGAGUUUGGGGAUUCACUAUAACACUGAAGCCGGAGACUACGAUAUCACGAGCUAUGUGAAGGAUCCUAGCGUGUUUGCGGUGAAGGAUGGCUAUGUAGAUGCGCUGACCGCACCGGGUCUCGGCAUUGAGGUGGAUGAGGAGGUUGUUCGUAGCGUGGCCCAGAGUACCGAGCCAUGGUUGCCGAAGGAGUUCUUCGGCCCGGAUGGAAGUAUCCGGGAGUGGUAG